UUGACUUGAUCACAAAAUUGCCAGAGAUAUUUAGUCUAUUCUAUAGUUCAUUACUUUAUGAUCGUAGCAGAAGUAUGUUUACUUCUGCCCACGUGCUGCUUGAUUACGUUUUGCUACGGUAGAAAUAAUGUCGCAAACUAAUGAUAGUGGUUCGUUUAUAAGUACACCUGGAUUUUGUUCUGAUUGCGGGUCAAUUUUACCUUUGUUAGGCGAUAAAGGAAACGUGAGAUGUUAUGCCUGCAAACGUGAAUGGGGUCCUGAAGCUUUCGGUGACAUGGCUAUGUCAUAUACAAUUAAUUUCAAUGAGGACAAUGUUUACGCGUCAGCAAAACAGAAGGAUGAAACAGAGGAAGAUGCGGAAGGUCCAGUUGUUGAAAGGAAAUGUCCACAGUGUCAGAAUGAUAAAAUGUCAUAUGCCACCUUACAGUUGAGAUCUGCCGAUGAAGGGCAGACUGUGUUUUAUACAUGUACCAAGUGCAAAUACAAAGAGACAGAGAACUCAUAACAUAUACAGUGUACAUUCAUAUUUGUAAAGAUAUAAAAACUGUUAAACAAUUAUUAAAUCAUGAACACUCUGUGUUAAUAAAACAUAGAGCUUUAUUCACGAUACAUUCAACAAAUAUCAAUCAAGGGACAAUAAUAAUUUAAUAAUACCACUGAAUUAUCAGUAUAUUUUCACCCUAAUUAUCUGUGAUUGGGUAUUUUUACUUGUAUCCUCUUAUUAGUAUAUACUCGAUUAAAUAUUUUGUACAAUAUGUUGGAAUAAAAGUUAAC